AUGGAGGACGAAUCUAAGUCAGGAAUGUGGACCAAGGAGGUCACGAGGCUCUGGCGGGCAUGGAGGACGGUACAUGAGAUGGUACAGGAUAGGGGAUAUGAGCUUGCUGAGGAUGAAGUGAAGAUAUCGCUCGACCGGUUCAGACUAGAGUACACCAAUGCCGAUGGGAGUCCGAACCGAGGAAAGAUGCAGUUCUCCGCGCGCCCAAGCGAAGCCAUGAACAAGAAGUUCACCCUACCACCGACACCGAGCAAUCCCAACCCCUCACCGGAGUGUGGCACGAUCUGGGUCGAAUUCGUACCGGAGAAGGGCUCCAUCGGUGUCGCUCAGAUGAAGAAGUUUGUGCAGCACUGUUCCGUGAACAACUUCAAGGCGGGCAUACUGGUCACCUGCGCCGCGCUGAGCGCGCAGGCACGCAAGGUCGUUGCGGCCAUGCAGCAGUACACCCAGAUCGAAUGCUUCUUGGAGGAAGAUCUGCUGGUCAACAUCACCCACCACGAACUCGUCCCGAAGCAUAUCUUGCUUAGCCGCGAGGAGAAGACGGCCCUGCUUAAGCGCUACCAUCUGAAGGAGACCCAGCUGCCGCGGAUCCUGCAGAAGGAUCCCAUCGCGAGAUAUCUUGGCCUGAAGAGGGGCCACGUAGUAAAAAUCAUCCGGAACAGUGAGACGGCUGGUCGGUACGCAAGCUACAGGCUCUGCGUGUAA